AUGUGGGAAGAACAACAGUUAAGUUUACUCUUUCGUGUACUACUUCGUGAUCCUCAUUUAUCAUUUAUUGAUGUCGGUGCUAACAUUGGCGUCUACACAAUGUUUGCUGCUGCUUUAAGACGUUUCACCAUAGCUAUCGAAUGUUUCAAGCCAAAUGUUAUUCGAAUUGUCAAAGCGGUUCAACUUGAACAUGUCCAAAAUCAUGUUGUGUUAAUCGAAAAUGCUAUUUUUUCAAAAUCAGGGCAAUUAGUUAAGUUAGAAUCCAUAUCUGAUAACAUUGGAAGUCAAGCUAUCAAGGGUAUCCUCUCGAUCAAUCAAUCCUUAAAUGAUCCGUUCAUUGCUAAAACAAUUCGAUUCGAUGAUAUUCUUCCUGUUUUACAGAAGAAUCACGUACGCAGUGCUAUAAUGAAAGUUGACAUCGAAGGUUCGGAGCAUCUUCUUUGCCAGACAGGUCAUACAAUAUUCGAGCAAUUCGACAUUCCUGUUAUUCAAAUGGAAUGGCAAUAUGUUCGUCGAUACAAGAAUCGAGCCGAGAUCAAAUUAAUCAUGGUUAUUCCAUCAUUUGAAGAUCUUAUAUUAAACGAAAUACUUGAAGUUGGAUCAUUACGCAUAGCAGCAUGCGAAAAAAGUAAUUUAUCACGUGAUAAACGAGAUUAUGACUUUGAAGAAAAAACUGCAGAUGUCUUGAUGGCAUAUGCUACUAUUUUCAUUUAUAAAAUAAUUAUUUUAAUGUAA